CCCCGUGGAUUGCCGUAUAAAUGCGAGGAGUGCGGCAAGAGUUUUCGCCGUAACAAGGAGCUGGUGACCCACCAACGGUUGCACACCGGUCGCUUGCCCUUCCAAUGCGGUCACUGCGGGAAGAGCUUCAGUUGGAGUUCCCAUUUUGACAGCCAACAACGCGGCCAUACCGGUGAAAAUUCCCAUUUUGACCGCCACCAACGCGUCCAUACCGGUGAGAAGCCCUACCAGUGCCCCGAAUGCGGUAAGCGUUUUAGCCGUAGCUCCCACCUCUACCGCCACCAACGUACCCACGCCGGCGGUCGCUCUUACAUCUGCACCUAUUGCGGGCGGAGUUUUGGUAGCACCCUUCAUUUUGACCGGCACCAACGCACCCACACCGGCCAACGACCCUACAAGUGCACCCUGUGCCGGAAAAGUUUUGGCGAUGGGCCGGCGUUGGUCAAACAUCAACGCCUUCAUCUGGGUGAUGGUCCUUUCCGUUGCGAAGAAUGCGGUAAAGCCUUCGGCGCCCGUGCCCAAUACGCUCGGCAUCGGCGUAGCCUCCAUGGCGGUGGCGAGAAACCGUACCGUUGCGGUGAUUGUGGGAAGAGUUUUUCCUGGAGCUCCCAUUGGGAACGACACCAGCGUAUCCAUACCGGCGAACGACCCUACCAAUGCGGGGACUGCGGCAAACGUUUCGGCCGGACCUCCCAUCUCUACCGAAAAAAAAAGCAACCCCACAUCUGUGCCGAUUGCGGGAAAAGCUUCAACAGCACCCUACACUUCCAUAAGCACCAACGGGCUCACGCUGGAGCUGCGAAUCCCAGCUCUUCCCGUGCGGAAAACCAGAGGGUUUUGGGGUCACCUUGGGGG